AUGGUAGAAGCUCAACUUCAGUAUGGUGUAUUAUCAACCUAUCAACAUCACUGGUUUCUGCGCCGACCAGCUGAUGAACCGUCAGUACUUUAUAUUUCAAAGACCCUUCCGAUUAAUUCUCCGGUCCUUAAAACGUAUGCAUAUAUGGUUCAGGUUUUAUGUGCAGAUCACUUUUCUAAAAAUCCUAUUAUAACUACCGAUAAAAGAAAAAGACAGUCAGUCUCCCAAUCUGAAUCAACUACUAAAUCAACUAAGGGAAGGACGACAGUCAAAGCUUCUAAGAAGAGACCUUCUCCUAGUACCUCGGCCGCAGCAAAUGAAAAAAGACAGAUACAGAAACCUAUUCAGAAUUUUGGCUUAGCAGAUUUCAAGUAUAAGAGUAUAUUAGGACAAGGACGAAGUGGAAAGACACUGCUAUGUGAAUUCUGCGGAAAUACAAUUGCUUUGAAGUGUGCUGAUUUAUCGAAAACCCCACAUGUCCUGAAAGAAAUGCAACAAGAAGUCAAUAUUUAUAAAAUUCUUUCUGACAUUCAGGGAAUUCACAUUCCAAAUUUGUUGUGUUAUGGCUUUUACGGUGGGAUGUAUUAUGCUAUUGGCAUGACUCUUGUUGGUUCUGCUUUAAAUAAUUAUAAACAUAUAACAGAACGGCAAAGGGUUAUGGGUCUUCUUGCAUUAAAGGCAAUUCACGAUAGAGGUGUACUUCCCAAUGAUAUUCGUGAGGAAAAUAUUUUGCUUGAUGAUACUAAUGAUGUUGUUUACUUAAUUGACUUUGGGAUGGGAAGUUAUCAUUGUGACGCUAAGAAAAGUCAGAGUUUGUUUGAUGAAGAGAAACGUAAAUUGACUCGUUUGUUUGAUUAG